UUCCAGGACUUGUACACGUGAGGAUUAAAACUUAUCACAUGACGUUUUGAAUGUACUAUUUCUGAACUGUCUAUAAUAAACAUAAAUUGCAAUGGAGUGGUUUGGUUAUUUUGGUGUUCAGCAUAUUUCGUUAUUUUUGUUUCAUUAUUGGAUUAUUUUGGGUGCCGGCUUUUCGCCAGGUGUGUCUGGCUAUAAUGGUACAGCUCCCAAUGUAAUUAUUAUGCUUAUGGAUGAUAUGGGCUGGGGAGAUCUAGGAGUGAAUGGCGAGCCUUCCAGAGAAACACCAAACAUAGAUAAAAUGGCCACAGAGGGGAUACUCUUUCCUGACUUUUAUUCUGCCAAUCCUCUCUGCUCACCAUCAAGAGCAGCUUUGCUGACUGGUCGUUUACCUAUCAGGAAUGGGUUUUACACAACAAAUGCUCAUGCAAGGAAUGCUUAUACUCCCCAGGAAAUUGUGGGAGGAAUUCCAGACUCAGAGCUACUCCUUCCAGAACUCCUGAAAAAGGCAGGAUACAUGAAUAAAAUCAUUGGAAAAUGGCACUUGGGCCACAGGGACCAGUUCCAUCCCCUGAAGCAUGGGUUUGAUGAAUGGUUUGGUUCCCCAAACUGUCACUUUGGACCUUAUGAUAACAAGAAUCGACCCAACAUUCCUGUUUAUAACAACUCAGAAAUGGUUGGCAGAUACUUUGAAGAGUUUCAAAUUGACUUGAAAACUGGAGAGUCCAAUCUGACUCGGAUCUACUUGGAGGAAGCCCUUGAUUUCAUCAGAAGACAGAAAGCCAGUCAGAAGAAGUUCUUUUUGUACUGGGCAGUUGAUGCUGUUCAUGCUCCUGUGUAUGCAUCCAAACCAUUUCUUGGAACCAGCAAAAGGGGACGGUAUGGAGAUGCUGUGCGUGAGCUUGACUUCAGUGUCGGAGAGAUUCUUAAAGAACUUCAUAACCUUGGUAUUGCAGAAAACACGUUGGUGUUUUUCUCAUCUGACAAUGGCGCUGCCUUAAUUUCAGCUCCCACUCAAGGUGGUAGUAAUGGUCCUUUCCUCUGUGGUAAGCAGACAACAUUUGAAGGUGGAAUGAGAGAACCAGCAGUAGCAUGGUGGCCGGGGAGUAUAACUGGUGGGCAGGUCAGUUACCAGCUGGGUAGCUUGAUGGAUCUUUUCACCACCACCUUGUCCCUGGCUGGACAGCAUCCCCCUGAUGACAGAAUUAUUGAUGGCAUUGACCUCUCCCCAAUUCUUCUGCAGGGAAAAGUUAUUGAUCGACCAAUAUUCUAUUACCGUGGCAACGAGAUGAUGGCUGUAAGACUUGGGAUGUACAAGGCUCACUACUGGACAUGGACCGGCAGUUGGGCAGAACUGAAACAGGGGAUCAAUUUCUGCCCAGGACAGAACAUUUCUGGAGUCACCACUCAUGACCAGCGAGAACACACACUGCAGCCUCUGUUAUUUCACUUAGGGAGAGAUCCAGGAGAAAAGUAUCCAAUCAAUGUGCCGAGUGCUGAAUACCAAGAAGUGAUGCCACGUAUAAUUUCUGCUGUCAAACAGCACAAGAAGGAAAUGGUAGCUGGGGAGCCACAGCUGAAUGUUUGUGACUUAGCUGUCAUGAACUGGGCACCACCAGGUUGCAAGAAACUAGGGAAAUGUCUGACACCUCCACAAUCCAAACCCUGGAAAUGUGACUGGCCCCAUUAAAUUCUGACGUGAGACACCCUGAAUAUGGAUUCUUCUGUUUCUUCAUAAAAUGUGACACAGUGAAAUAUUAAAUUGAGUUUUCUUUGUUCACUCCAGUCAGCCACGAGCGUUUCAGAAGCUGCUCUGUUAAUGUUUUAUCUUCCAUUUAUGCUGCUGAGCUGGAGAAAGAUUUUACAUUAAGGGCACACAAACUAAUGUUUGCCUAUAAGGCUGAUUGAUUGUGUUAAAAGGAUUUCUCAAAGACAGCUAAAUAUGUAGCUUUACUCAUAGAAAUGUUGUGAAUUCCUUAAAAGAGUUUUUCAGAGGUAAACUAUGGGAUAUUAAUGUUGAAUGAUGUGUGUUGUCACAGAAAGAUUCAGGGUCUUUUCCUCAUUUUGCCUCUUCCCCCAAAUACAUAAGUGCAAUAUAGAUUUGUAGCCUAUAUAAGGGAGAGCUGUGCUUUCCCUGUUACCUGUUACAGUGCCUUGUAUAGCGUAUAUGUUGCAAUUUGAUAAUAGAUAUCUGUGCAGAGAAUUAGGCCAUUACUAGUUCAUUCAGUACAACAGCUUUACUUGAUGCACCUGUUUGUCUUGCAUUGCAAUAUAAAAUGUUACUAUUGUCAAAAAUGUGCUGGUUUCAGUGCUGUGUAUUAUGCAAGCAACUUUCAAAAAUGACUUGCUUUUAAUUGCUGUGUGCUAGCAGAACAAAGCAGCAGCUUUGAAAUACUGAAAUCAUCAGUUUAAUUGGCAAGUAUCCUUUUCUUGUUGUUGUUGUUGUGGUGGUGGUGAUGGUGUUGAUAUGUAUGGUCCAACAGUGUGUCUUUGUAGUCUGAAUGCCUUACUGUGUGAGCUAUGAAAAAAAAUUGACAUUACUUUACAAUAUACAGCUGAUUUUGUUAAUGUAAAAUGCUUAAAUCUGUAAAAAAUGUAUAAGAAGUUAUGUAUGGAAUAACAACUCAUGUAAACUUAGUUUGAUGUAUAAAAAAAAUUCUGUAUGAGGAAACAAGUUAUCUCAUGUAAACAUAAGAACUGUAAAUGUUUUACUGUUUUUUAAGAUAUUUUUGUGAUAAGAACAUAAAUUAUAGAAAUGUACCAUCUUAAGUCCAAAGUGCUGUAUUUUGCAAUGCAAAGUUAAGAAUGCCCUCCAUCCUCAUAUUUUGGUAGUAAACAUUACUGUGGUGAGAUCUUAUGAUAGCAGGCUAACAAUAAAGGGUAUAAUUCUAAACA